AUGGCAUACCCAGUGCGGUUGCAUCCAGUGCCGAUGCCAGCAACAACGAUCGUCAACAGAACCGCGAAUUUGAAGCAAGUGAAGUUACCGUUCACCAUAGAAGCAAUCCUCGGACGCACUGGCGGAGGCGGCGGGGCAGGCAGCAGGCAGAGCAUACCGUGGCAUCCAGUCAAACGAAGAGAUCUCCACCCACAGGCGACUGGCAAUUUACCCGUUCCUUCACACCAUCCCAUCCAGGGACACCACAGGGUCAAACAUUUUAAAAACAACAACCAGGAAUUGACGAAGAUGUAUUUUCGGCAGAAUCUGGUUUCACCAUACACAAGAGAAGACCAUUACGGUGUGAACAGAGGAACAGAGACUGAAAAUGUACAUGGGAACGAGGACGGAAAGGACACGUGGCCAAUAUCCAAACCAAAGCGAGUUAGAACAAUUUUCACCCAGGAGCAACUGGAGAAACUUGAAGAAGAAUUUGCCAAACAACAGUACAUGGUGGGCACCGAAAGAUACUAUCUCGCUUCUGAACUCAACCUUACCCAGGCUCAGGUCAAAGUUUGGUUUCAAAACCGUCGUAUUAAGUGGAGAAAACAAAACCUCGAAGCUCAACAAGCGAAACUCGCCGAGUUGAGAGCGGCUGAACCCGACGAACAAUCGGACGCGUCCGACGACGACGAAGAUAUGGUGUCCAUUCAAACAUUUAUAGCCGACCAGAACGACUACACGGAUUCGAAUCGAGCUCCGAAUCAAUUCGGGAUUGGGCAUAUUUAA